GGGGCACGGCACCCGAGGGAGACAGAAGCUGCUCCAGCGUCCACCCGGCCCCAGUCUGUUUGCUUUGGAAACAGAUGCCCGGGAAACAAGCAGACGAGGACCAGGCGGAGUUGGGGUCCGCAGAGGACGGCGCUGAUGAGGACCUGGGCGGCCUCACCCCCGAGGAGCUCCGCCAGGGCCAGGAGGCAGCCUUAGCGCUGGAGGACAUGAUGGCGCUGAGCGCCCAGACCCUGGUCCAAGCUGAGGUGGAUGAGCUGUACCAGCAAGUGCGUCCCCUGGGCCAGGGCCGCUACGGCCGUGUCCUGCUGGUCACCCACCGUCAGAAAGGCACGCCCCUGGCCCUGAAGCAGCUCCCCAAGGCCUCCACCUCCCUGCGGGGCUUCCUGCACGAGUUCUGCGUGGGGCUCUCGCUGGGCGCGCACGCGGCCAUCGUGGGCGCCUACGGCAUCGGCAUCGAGUCUGCCGCCUGCUACAGCUUCCUGACCGAGCCGGUGCUGCACGGGGACCUCAUCGCCUUCAUCCAGCCGAAGGUGGGCCUCCCGCCCGCGGCCGCCCAGCGCUGCGCCGCCCAGCUGGCCUCCGCCCUGGAGCACAUCCACGCGCGCGGCCUGGUGUACCGGGACCUCAAGCCCGAGAACGUGCUGGUGUGCGACCCCGGCUGCCGGCGCGUCAAGCUGACCGACUUCGGCCACACGCGGCCCCGCGGCACGCUGCUGCGCUUGACCGGCCCGCCCAUCCCCUACACCGCUCCCGAGCUCUGCGCGCCGCCGCCGCUGCCCGAGGGGCUGCCCAUCCAGCCCGCCCUGGACGCCUGGGCCCUGGGGGUCCUGCUGUUCUGCCUGCUCACCGGCUACUUCCCCUGGGACCAGCCCCUGGCCGAGGCCGACCCCUUCUACGAGGACUUCCUCGUCUGGCAGGCCUCCGGCGAGCCGAGUGACCGGCCGCAGCCCUGGGCUGGCCUGGCGCCCGCUGCCGACACCCUGCUGUGGGGCCUGCUGGACCCCGAGCCGCGAAAGCGGAGUGCGGUGAGCUGUGUCCGCGGCUAUCUGGGGCAGCCCUGGCGGCAGCAGGAGGGGCCUGAAGGGGUGGGGCAGUGA